AUGGAGCUCUCUCUGAGCAAAAGCAUCAGAAGGUCAGUGAAGCGAAGAGGCUACACAAAAGUGAGCGACGAUGAGAACACCGAAAGGAAGAACAUGAAAGUGGUCAAGUUCGGAGCGAACUCAAAUAAACGAGGAUGGAAGGUCAGAGUCGCCAAAAAGCUCAAGCUGAAGAUAAAGUUGUCUCCACUAAAGCUGUGGAAAAAGAUCAAGACAGGGUAUGUUAACAUGAUGCUUAACCUAGGAAACGGCGGAGCCAGCUCUUUUGGUCAGAAGAGAAUCCCGCAGGCUCGGCAACUGCAGAUUACGUAUGCACCGAGUGAGUUCGAGAACAGGCUUGUUUUGGAGAUUUAUAAGUCCUUGGUGGCUUCUCGCGAAUUGAAUACAAGAUAA